AUGGCUUGCAAGACACUGCUUCUCGUCUACUUCACGCUCCUCGCAGUGACAUCCGCCUUCGCGCAGCGCGGCCCGCCUGGCGGAGGCCCACCCGGCGGUCGGGGCCCACCAGGGGGUCCGCGCGGCGGAGGCCCUAUCGGGCGCGGCGGACCUGGCGGCGGCCCUGGCGGGGAGCCGCGCGGUCCUCCGCUGAACCUGACGGUCGUCGGAAAUCUGACGGCCGACGUUGGCGCGCAGUUGAAAAACUGUUCCGCGGACCCGACCUUCGUUGACGCCCGCUUUCACCUCACCGUCUUCAAGAACUCAACGGGCAACUACAACCUCCUCGUCGACGCGCUUCUCGUCGGAGGCGACGCCGCCGCCGGCCCGCCCGACUCGAUCGCGAUCGUGCAGGGCGCCGUGUGCGACUCGGCCGCGUCUGCCCCCGCCGUGCUCUCGCUGCCCUUCGCCGCCUCCGAUUGGCUGCAGCGCGCCGGCUGGUGGCUGCUGCACGCGGAGGCGCGCCUCGACGCGUUCCUCGAGAACGCCGACGCGACCACCGUCGAGGCGCUGGUCGCGGUGCUCCCCAACGCGUCGCUUCCGCGCACCAACGGCGGCGGCCGCGGCGGGCGCAACGGCGGCGGCAAGGGCGCUGGGGGCGCGGGGGGCGCGCGUGGCGGGCAGGGCAGCAGGAGCAUGGGGCUGAGCGCAAUGGCCCGCGGCCCUGGCAAGCAGGGGGGGCAGCAGCAGGGCGGGCAGCAGCAGCCGCCUGCAGGUGGCUUCUCAGGUGGUUUCCCAGGUGCUGGGGCGGGCAACGGCGUGAACAACACAGUGAGCGGAUACGCUGUGCUGGCUGGGAACAGUGUGUCUGGCGUCAUCUGGGGUGGACAGCUAAUGGGCGUCAAAAUCCCCUCCGCUGCUGCAGCAGCGUAA